GCUUUAUGAAGAAUACUGUGACACUGAAAAGAAUCCUGCUCUUGUCAUCAUAGAGGGCAAACCUUCGUGGUGGCUGCAGUGCUCAGCUACCUGGAAAGAUAAGUUCUACUCUGCAGCAUUCUCCAAUGUCUCAUGUGCUGCAUAUUGGCACAACUAUGAACCAAGCUCCAAGAAGACCCUAUUAGUGUGCAACAGAAUUGCCAAAGUGGGAUCUCUGCAAGUGAUGCAAUGGGCCCAUGAAGAAGGAUAUACAUGUAGCUGGAGCAGACAGACAUGUGCUGCUGCAGCCAAGUAUGGCCAUCGGAGUGUAUUGAUAUGGCUUCACGAGAAUGGAUGCCCAUGGGAUGCAUCCACAUGCGCUGAUGCUGCCAAAAGAGGCCAUUUGGAAGUCCUGAAGUACGCUCAUGAACAUGGCUGUGAGUGGAAUCAAAGCACAUGCAAUGAGGCUGCUCGGAGUGGCCAUUUGGAAGCCCUGAAGUAUGCUCAUGAACAUGGAUGUCCUUGGACUACUUUGACAUGUAAAUAUGCUGCUGCGGGAGGUCAUUUGGAUGUAUUGAAAUAUGCCCAUGAGAAUGGAUGUCCAUGGAAUGAAGACACUUGUGUUUUUGCUGCUCAGGGUGGGUAUUUGGAAGUUCUAAAACACGCGCAUGAGAAUGGCUGUCCAUGGGAUAAGGGAGUCUGUACGAACGCUGAAAGGGGUGGCCACCUGGAAAUCAUUUUGUAUGCCCAUGAAAAUGGCUGUCCAUGGGACAGCCAGACUUGUGCCUCUGCUGCUCAAGGUGGGUACUUGGAAAUUCUUAAACAUGCACACGAGAAGGAAUGUCCUUGGGACAAGGACGUAUGCAUGGCAGCUGCUGAGGGGGGGCAUUUGGAAAUUUUGAAGUAUGCCCAUGAAAAUGGCUGUCAAUGGGACAAAUGGACAUGUGCCUCUGCAGCCAUGUGUGGUCACUUGGAAUGCCUGAAAUAUGCACAUGAGAAUGGCUGUCCUUGGGACAAAUACACAUGCAGCCAUGCUGCUGAGGGGGGGCAUUUGGAAAUUUUGAAGUAUGCCCAUGAGAAUGGAUGUCCAUGGAAUGAAGACACUUGUGCUUUUGCUGCUAAGAAAGGCCACUUGAAUAUCCUGAAAUGGGCGCGUGAGCAUGGGUGCCCUUGGGACCAACAAACAGCCCUAGAUGCACGUGCGGCAGAGCCUUGGGAAAUCUUCCAGUGGGCCAUUGAUAAUGGGUGCCCUAUUUAA